UGCUUUAUGUUUGCUUGAAAAGGGAAAGGGUUAAUUACAGUAAUCAGUAUAUGAAUGAGCAGAAGUUAUGGGAUGUCAAGGCCAUAUCUGUAAAUGUUAUGGUUACGGCGUGCUGCCAACUUCUGUUCAUUCAUAACUAAAAUGAAGCCUUUCCCUUUUUCAAGAUAACAUUAUAAUGUGUUGAUUAGGGGUGUAACGGUUUAAAUGUAUCACGGUUCGGUUUGUGUAACGGUUUUAGGGUCACUGUUUCGGUACGGUUCAGUAUUUGCUAUGUUCAGAUAAAAAAAAAAAAAUACUACUGCCAAAUCCAAAGUAAGAAUACUCAGUUUGGGAACAAACACUUCAAAAGGUUUGCCCUUCCGAAAAAUCACCAUGGAUUUACUUCAGUAACCAUAGUUUAACCAUGGCUGAUUUAACUGUGCUCCCAUGGACAGCAAGUGUGUGAGCAUCUAAUCAACACUUGGUCUUAUGGCUUCCCUCUCGCCUUGACCUCUUGGUUCAACCAGGAUCCAAAAUGAGCAUAAGUAGUGAUGAGGUCAAUUUCCUUGUGUACAGAUACCUGCAGGAGUCAGGCUUCUCCCACUCAGCCUUCACUUUUGGCAUAGAGAGCCACAUCAGCCAGUCCAACAUAAACGGAGCUUUGGUGCCCCCUGCUGCCCUCACAUCCCUCAUUCAAAAGGGCCUGCAGUAUGUGGAGGCUGAAGUCAGCAUCAAUGAGGAUGGUACCCUGUUUGACGGGCGACCGAUCGAGUCGCUGUCCCUGAUUGAUGCAGUGAUGCCAGACGUGGUGCAGACGAGGCAGCAGGUGUAUAAGGAUAAGCUGGCUCAGCAGCAAGCUGCUGCUGCCUCCAGUGCCUCAGCGGCCAGUGCUGCCAAGAAUGGAGAGAACACUGCUAAUGGAGAGGAGAAUGGCGCGCACUCGUUAGCUAACCACCAUUCAGACAUGAUGGAGGUGGACAGGGCAGUGGAGAUCCCAGCCAGUAAAGCCAUGGUUCUUCGGGGCCAUGAGUCUGAAGUCUUCAUCUGUGCUUGGAACCCCGUCAGUGAUUUGCUAGCAUCUGGUUCUGGAGACUCGACUGCGCGGAUUUGGAACCUGAGUGAGAGUAGUGCUGGAGGGUCCACUCAGCUGGUGCUGCGUCACUGCAUACGGGAGGGGGGGCAGGAUGUUCCCAGUAACAAAGAUGUCACCUCAUUGGAUUGGAAUAGUGAAGGUACACUUCUAGCCACAGGAUCCUAUGAUGGCUUUGCCAGAAUAUGGACUAAAGAUGGUAAUCUUGCCAGUACACUGGGGCAGCACAAGGGUCCCAUAUUUGCUUUAAAGUGGAACAAGAAAGGAAACUUUAUCCUCAGUGCCGGUGUUGAUAAGACCACCAUAAUUUGGGACGCUCACACAGGAGAGGCCAAACAGCAAUUUCCAUUCCAUUCAGCUCCUGCUCUGGACGUGGACUGGCAAAGCAACAACACAUUUGCCUCAUGCAGCACGGAUAUGUGCAUUCACGUGUGUAAACUGGGCCAGGACCGACCAGUCAAGACAUUCCAGGGCCACACAAAUGAAGUCAAUGCCAUCAAAUGGGAUCCAACAGGGAAUCUCUUGGCAUCCUGCUCUGAUGACAUGACGCUAAAGAUUUGGAGCAUGAAACAGGACACUUGUGUUCAUGACCUGCAAGCCCACAGUAAGGAGAUAUACACCAUCAAAUGGAGUCCUACUGGACCUGGAACCAACAACCCCAAUGCCAAUCUCAUGCUGGCCAGUGCAUCAUUUGAUUCAACGGUGCGUCUGUGGGAUGCAGAGCAUGGGGCCUGCAUCCACACACUGACCAAACAUCAGGAGCCUGUCUACAGUGUGGCAUUCAGCCCAGAUGGAAGUUACCUGGCCAGCGGUUCCUUCGACAAGUGUGUCCAUAUAUGGAACACUCAGAGUGGUGCUUUAGUCAACAGCUACCGAGGGACGGGCGGCAUUUUUGAAGUAUGCUGGAACUCCACUGGGGACAAAGUGGGCGCAAGUGCAUCAGAUGGAUCGGUUUGUGUAUUAGACCUAAGGAAAUGACGCUACCAUUGGGAAGCCAUGGACCGACAAUGAAUGUGUGCAUAGCCAAAUUUACUGACUGUCCCUGGCCCAUCAUCCACUGCUGUAGUCCACGCGUGAGAUCCCAGACCACAGCCUAGACCAACAGUCUCUCUCAGCCCCAUCAUAACGGACCCAUGAAGCUUACCAUACACGUACAAAAGCAGUGUGAUCAAGGACUGUUAUAUGGAGACACAUGUAACAUGAGAAAUAAUCCACCUUUUCUCACACACACACACACACACACACUCUCACACACAUGCCAUCAUUAGUUCCAUAGUUGAUCAUUCCAAACCCCCGGGCUGAGGUCCACACCGAUGUUGUGUGCAUAUUGUACACACCAGCGCUAUGUAGGAUGGUUUUUAUAUUUCGUUAGGUGUAAUUGCUUGAGCUAAAGAGCAGAGCUGUUGAAUAUGGCAAGUUCAUAGUCGUAUGAUGUUGACAAUUCAGAGUAUUGUAUUGGUACUGUAUGUUUAGAGACGUUUGGAAAUGUUCUCCAAAAGAUGCUCAAGGACUUAGAGAGAUCAUUUGAGAUGUAUAUAUAUAUAUAUAUAUAUAUAUAUAUAUAUAUAUAUAUAUAUAUAUAUAUAUAUAUAAGAGAGAGAUAAGAGUACAGAAAACCUAUUAAAUCACUUACAGAUAUAUUUUCUAAAACCAAUGCCCUGUGUUAUUUGUACAACCUAUGCAACUUUGUGGUAAGACAAAAUUGAACUUUCAGUGCAUUGAUGGGUGAAACUCAUAUGGGGAAACGAAGUCUACAGGCUCCAUAGGUGAAGCCCGUUCAAGAUGGAUAAUAGGCCCACCCUAAAAACACAAUGCUAACAAAAUAGCUAUCAGUAUAUAAAUAUUUGUUUAUGGAGACACUGGGGUUGUUUUUGGGGGGUUUAAGGUGGAAAUCCCAUAAUUAUCCUCUCACCAUCCUCAUAAAAUGUGUAGGAUGCUUAAAGGAAUAUUCCGGGUUCAACACAAGUUAAGCUCAAUCGACUGCAUUUGUGGCAUAAUGUUGAUUACCACAAAAAUUUAUUUCGACUCGUCCCUCCUUUUCUUUAAAAAAAGCAAAAAACUGGGUUACAGUGAGGCACUUACAAUGGAAGUGAAAGGGGCCAAUCCGUAAAUGUUAAAAUACUCACAGUUUCAGAAUUGUUGCAACAAGAUGUAAACAAUAUGCGUUAAUGUGAUUUUAAUGUAAAAAAAACAAAAACAAAAAAAAAGUAGCUUUCUAACCUUUUCUGUGUAAAGUUAUAUCCAAUUUUACAACUCCAUGAUGACAAAAUGCCGUAAACCCUAAAACAACAUUUUAAACAACUUUACAGGUCAAAUAAUACACUACUUUUAACAGAAGAAUUAAUGUAAGUGCUUUUAUAAAAUUUUAAGCUUCACAUUUCUGCCUUUAAACCCCCCAAAAAUUGGCCCCAUUCACUUCCAUUGUAAGUGCCUCACUGUAACUCAGAUUUUUGCUUUUUUUAAAAGAAAAGGAAGAACGAGUCGAAAUUAAUUUUUUUGGUAAUCAACAUAAUGCCACAAAUGCUGUCGAUUGAGCUUAACUUGUGUUGAACCCGGAAUAUUCCUUUAACGUGUGAAAAUUUUUUCACUCAGCUCACUUGAAAUUUUACACAAUCUAUUACAAAUGUUUUUCUCCCAGAGAAAGGCCACAUGGAACACCCUACUGCUUUCUCUGGUUUAAUGAUCUUUCUUUAUGGCUGUGUCUGUCAUUUCCUGCUUUUUAUAGAGGUCUGAACUCCAAAUGGCCGUUGGGUCUGGUCAUUAUACACUUCGUGUGUGACUGUAACAGCCUUAGUCUUUAGGGCUUCAUGUGAGGUAAGAGUCUAAUGCAGCAUGGAGUGAUUAUUAUGGGACAGUGUAGGGAAGUGGACAACCCAUUUGAUUCAUCCAAUUUGGUAGUCCAAAGUCAGGCUGAGGUGGUGCUGCUGCUUUUGUGUUAUGUUUGUCUUAUUGUAAAAUUACUUAUUGCUCUGUGAAGGUGGGGAUAUAAACGGAGACUGACAUGGAGAAACGGUUUAACAUGAAUACAAAAGAUGUGACCACAGAGAAGUUUUUCUUCCAUGCUACUGUUCUGAAAGAAUGGAUUUUAAAGUUAACUCUCCAUUAAUGGUUGGGAUUUAUUUGCACCUGGGUUCUUCAGGGUAAUGGCACAUUGAUUUGGUGUUCAGUUUUUUGAAGCUGUCACAUGUCUUUAUAAAAUACCAUUAGACAGUCAUAGUCUACAGAAGCAGCUUUUACCUAGCACACUCGUGUCACCUCCCAGCACUUUAGACAUUUUCCCCAGAAAUCCAAUGAGCACUUAAAACAUUUUUAACUUUUGAACUGAAAUUACUUAAGUGACAUUAAACAUUUACUUGAAAACAAACCAGAUCUUCUGAUAAUUGUGAAGAGGGCAAGGUGACUAGUUUCAACUAAUGUAAUUCUGUUUUUUCCCUUUUUUUAAAUAAAUAUGUUGCCCUAAAUGCUUACAAAUGCCUUUUAUCUCCCCAAUGAUAAACUGUAAUAGAAUCCCCCUCCCAAUAAUUUCAAAAUGUCAUUGUCUUUUAAGAGAUGAGUAUUUUGAAGCUUGCUCUAAUACACCAAUCAGCCACAAUAUUAAAAGCACCUGCCAAAUAUUGUGUAGGUCCCCCUCGUGACGCAUAAAACAGCGCCGAACCUCAUCUCACAACAGCAUUCUGAGAUUAUAUUCGUAUCACUUCAAUUGUACAGAGUGGUUAUCUGAGUUACCGUAGACUUUGUCAGAUCAAACCAGUCUGGCCAUUCUCUGUUGACCUCUCUCAUCAACAAGGCAUUUCCGUCCACAAAACUGACCCUCUCUGGAUGUUUUUUGUUUUUGGCACCAUUCUGAGUA